AUGCGCCGUGUCUCUCUUCAUGACCGGUUUGCUGGACGACAACGACCCUAUUCGAGUCCCCGUCUCAGAGACACUCGCUGCCGCGAAUGCCAGAUGCAGGAGGCAUCCCUGAUUCCUGCAACGUGCCGAGAGGCAUGCAUUCACGAACGAGACUUUCCUCCCACGCCCAACCGCUUCAGUAUCCUUGCACAGCUUGACCAGUCGCCGACGCAGACCGAGUGGGCGUUUGAUUUCAUCCCGACAUCAGAAUCAGCUCCACGACGACGCGGAAAACGAGGUGGCAGGAGUAACAAGCUGAAGUUGGAGGCGCGGAGGUGCCGCGAAGCGCGAAAGAGCGAGGGCGUGGGAGAGUUGUGCGAGAAGUUGGCGGCACUGGGUCUGGACGUUGAGCCGUCAAACGCUACAACCGAAGGCGCACCCGUAGACCGCCAAAAUGCAGUACCACGGAGCAACUUCAACCUUUCCACGGGUACGGUCAGACAUCGUUGGAUGCCGCAGUUCCGCACUAACCCAGACUCCUCUCUAUCCUCAAAUGUUGUCAAACCGAUCACCCAAGAGAAAACGACGGUUCCCCAACCCCCGGAGCGCUGUCUGACAAAGGCCACAGCAUCUCUUCCAGCCGAAGAAGCAGCAGAAACCCGGUGCAAAGAGUCACGUUUCUUUCCCCUUUCGGCGUUCCUUGCCAGCCCUCCAGCAGUGGCACGCCAUUCAACAUCGGCAAAACCUUCUCAGCCAGCCCCCACGCACCAAGAUACAAAAGAGAAGCAGCUCGCCAUCACACCCUCCACGGUUGCACAAAGAGCAGCAGCAAGAGCAGCUUGCCGCGCCCUUGCGUCGGGGGCUGCGAGCUCUGCUGGGCCGUGCGUCUCCUUGUCCACUCCCAUCUCCUUAGGUACGCAUACAUCGGAAUCAGCAAUCCCUUUGCAAUCUUCGCAGAUUUCGAAUCCCGCGCCUCUUCUUGCCAUGCCCGAAAAAUAUAAUCAUCCGUCAAUGGAUCCCCCUUCGACUCCUCUUCCUAUUACUCCUCCCCACACUACAACUCCAACACUAACGACAUCUCCUGCAAUACCAAGUCAUCCGUAUAUGGCUCCUUCAGACUCUGUCAUCUCGGCGCUGCCGGCUUCCCAGUCGCCAAAUACACCACCACCACUGCCCCUAAGGCCGCAGGUCACAUCAAGCACACCCCAGUCCUGGACAGCAGUGUCUGCUACAGGAAGUUCAGGGCCGACCUCUCCACUAGUACUCAUAACAGCACCGGUGACCUCGCCGCAUCCCUUCGUCACGCCGCCACGGCCUAACCCCACAGUCGUAGCCAUUCCGGCUAUGCCGAAACCCUUCGCCCCAGCCGUUCCGAUCAUACCAAAGAAGGAUGUCGUCCCUACUAUACCAAAGCAGCAGGAAAUUGCUCCAACGAGCUCUGUGACUCAGACGGAACUGCAAGAUUUCCUGGAAAGGGGUCACGCAGAUCCAUGCUGGUGCUCGCGACCAUCUUCGACAUUCUGUGGCCCUGCCUGCGCUACGAAGGUCCCCUCCUCACAAACCCAGAACAAGCUCACUAUCCUGAGGAAACGGACGUUCAAUGAGUUCGAACUGGACACCGAAAUAGCUACCAUGCUGGGGGCCACUUCCCUCUCACCCACGCCCCAAAGCACGGAAUCCGAAUUCGAGGAUCUAGGCUAUCACGGCGAUAGUAUCCUGACCCCGGCUAGCACCGAUGAGGAGGACGAUUGGGACGUGGUAUCGGCCGCUGAGUGGUUCUCCAGACCGCGAGUAUGCUCCAUCGACACCUACCAACCGACUUUCGAGCCCGAGAUCGUCGCUUCGCCGGCAAGUAUCCUCACCUUCCCCUCACCACCCCUCACGCCCAUCCUUACACCUCGUAGCCCUUCCCCUCCACGGCCACCGACGUCACCGAUCGUACAAUCAAUAGCGGCCAAGGCGAACGAUGGAGCGCAGGAGCCCAAGGUCUUCGGCAAUCCCUGGGCGACAUCACCACCUCAGCCCCCAGCGAAGGAGGCGAAAUGUGCAGACUGCUCGACUUGCAAAUGCGCCUGCACAUCCGCCAAUACGAGCGCAGUCGAGUGGCCCACGCUGCAGGAAGCUGUGAACAUCAAGCGGACGAGGAGGGAGAAGACCAGGACGCGGAGCGAUGCGAGUGAUGGGAAGGCGUGGGAGGGGGGUGUGGAUUGGUUCAACUAG